AUUCUCGUUACUCGUUUUCUUUCUCAUGAUUGCGCGUUCGUUAUUAAUUUUAGUGGAAGUUUUUAUUGAAUAUUUCGAAAUAAAAUGCGAAAAUAUGUGUUAGAAUAUAAGAUUAAAUUUGACUUUCGUUGAUGUGUGUUUUGACGACUAUAAACUUUCCGUACGUAAACUAUAGCGAGUGAAAUAACGCAGCAAAAUGUUCGGUAGUGGUUUCGGAAACAGAACGACGUCAGCGUUCGGCCAGACGACUUUCGGUAGGCCAACGACUAGUUUCGCUCAGCCUGGAUUCGGAACGACGAAUACUUCGUUAUUCGGUGGCCAAACAUCUCAAGCCAGCACGAGCUUAUUCGGUAACACAGCACCGACUCAAUCUUUCGGUGGAGGAUUCGCUUCCGGUACCGGAGGUUCGCUAUUCGGCGCUCAGCAGCCGACCACUGGCACAGGAGGUGGCUUAUUCGGUAGUCAGAACACCACCAUGAAUACAACAGGCGGUGGAUUGUUUGGAUCUUCGGGCACGACAGCAUUUGGUUCAAAUACAAGUGGCCUAGGUGCUUUUGGCGCGACGAGUAACACCGGAUUGUUCGGACAAACGCAGCAACCUGCUACGCAAUCUACUUCAUUAUUUGGACAACCGAGUACCGGUAGUACUGGGUUAUUUGGAUCUACUACAACAGGUGCUUUCGCUCCGGGUGCAACAGCAGCCACAGGAACGACAAUCAAAUUCAUUCCGGUUACUGGAACUGAUACCAUGCAGAGAAAUGGUCAAACUUCAACGAUUAGUACGAAACAUUAUUGCAUCACGUGUAUGAAAGAAUACGAAGGCAAAUCUCUGGAAGAAUUGAGAUACGAAGAUUACCUGGCGAAUAGAAAAGGACCAACUCAGGGUGUUCAAACAGGCAGCACGUUAUUCGGUGGAAGCGGUCAAUCGACGUUAUUCGGAGGCGCUACGAGCACACCGAGUACCGCAGGAGGUGGUCUAUUCGGUAGCAACGGCCCAAGUUUCGGUCAAACGAGCGUAUUCGGCCAAAGCAGCGGUCUUCAAACGAAUAACAGUCUGUUCGGUAAACCCGCAUCGACCGCUCCAUUCGGUGCAACGACCACAACACAGUCGACCGGAUUCGGAACGUUUGGACAACAACAACAACAAACUACUCUAUUCGGAGCGAAUACAAAUCAAGCGAAACCAGCGUUCGGCGUGUCUCAACCGAGCACCGGCCUAUUCGGCUCGACUGCUCCGGCCAGCACAGCAUUCGGAGCCCAGAACACCGGUUUUGGUGGCUUCAACACGCAGCAGCCGCAACCCACCCAGGGUAUCGGAUUAUUCGGUCAAUCUCAAAAUAAAUUCGGCGGCGGUUUUGGUGCCCAAACCACAUCCAGUUUCACCUUCGGUCAAGCCACAGCUACCAACUCGACGUCGUUAUUUGGCCAAAAACCAGCCACCACCGGAUUCGGAAUGGCUUCCACUACGUCGACCAGCACGUUCGGUAGCGCUACACCGUUCGGAGCUGCUCCGGCGGCCGGCGGAGGCUUAUUCAGCGGCGGAUUCAAUAAACCUCAAGCUACCGGAUUCUCAUUCGGAUCGAACACGGCGGCUGCUCCGACUCUAGGAGGCACUAACUUGAACGGUGGAUCGUUAUUCGGUAGCACGGCUGCGAAACCAACUGGACUAUUUGGCAGCGCCGCUCCAUCUACGGGACUUUUCGGAUCUACGAAUUUCGGCACUGGUACCGGAGGCGGAUUUGGUACCUCGAGCAAUACUGGUUUUGGAGGAUUGAAUUUCAGCAGCACCGGAUUAGGUAACUUGGGCGGAGCUCAGCCUACAGCUGCCUCAUCCAAUGUUACCGACCAAAUACAACUCUUGACCGUAUUACCCUAUGGUGAUUCGCCCUUGUAUAAGCAUCUACGUCCGGCUACCGGUAAAACCGAAGAUUUGCUCAAGCCAUCUGUAGUGCCGCAAAAACCAAAUGCCGACAGUAGCAGUUACAAAGUAUCGACGCAGAUUAAUAACAUAGUCGCGAGGAAAGCUCAUACAGCUACCGCGUUAGAGCCGGCGAAGAAAUCGUUGUUCGAUAAAGAUUACGAAGAUGUGAACAAAGUGCUCAGCCAGCAGAAAUCGAGCCCGAGGUAUUUGAAGCUGAAACCUAAGUCUAUGUUGAACAAGGGUAAACUGUCUUCCGAUACGACUACCGACCAGACUUCUUUGUCUGUUGAUAACACAAAUAAGGAAAAUCUUGGAGCUGGAAACUCCACUUAUACCGUCGAUACGCCUUAUUCGCCUCCAACGAACAUGAGCUCGUUCAUCGACAAUACCAGUCUACCUACAAGUCCAGCCCUGAGCAAGUCUACUCAGAUUAGCGUUGAAAUUCAUACGCCUCCUUCGACCUACAGCGACAAUACAAUGGCCGAGCUUAGAUCGCAAACUAAAUCAUCGGAAACGAAGAAAAACGUCUCGUUCGUCAGCGACACCCAAGAUGCCAGUUAUCAGAGUUACAACGCUACCAGCUCCUUUAUUUCAGAAAAAUCCGAAGGCGAAGAAGAAGAUAACGCCAUCGAAAUCGGAAACGAUUCGGAAAAAGAGCACGCUUGCGGUAUCACCCUACGUCGCGCUGAUUACUUCACCGUUCCAUCUCUUGCGGAUCUAGACGAGAUGACCGACGACGAUGGAAAGUGCAAGUUGAAGCAUUUCACAAUUGGACGUCAUAAUUUCGGAAACGUUACGUUUUACGACUCUUUCGACGUAGCUGGUCUCGACUUGGACACUAUCGUAUUCUUCCGUCACAAAGAAGUGGAAAUUUACCCGAAUGACGAUAAAAAACCGCCGGUCGGAGUUGGAUUAAAUAGAAGAGCUCAGGUCACGUUGGACCGAGUCUGGCCUCAGGAUAAAGCCAGCCGUCAAGUGAUCAAGGAUCCCGAACGUUUGAAACAACUGAAAUUUGUGGAUAAAUUGAAACGAUCGUCGGAGAAAAUGAACGCUCAAUUUAUCGAGUACAGACCGCCUACUGGAUCGUGGGUGUUUGAGGUGGAACAUUUCUCGAAAUAUGGUUUAGACGACUCGGACGAAGAUACGCCCCAGAAUAUCGACGAUAAAACCAAGAAACUGAUACCUCCGAGACCUUUUUCGAAAACGACAGCCGAUCUUAAGAAGAUCUUUAACGAUAAGCAGGAAUAUAAUUUGGGUAAAAAGAGAGGCUUGGAUGGUAAAAUAAUCGCGAGCGACGGUGACGCUGCGAUGGACCAGUUCAUUUACGACGAAAACGAUGAAAUGAUGGAUGACGAUCAUUUAACGCCUCUUUCUAAGCAUCACGAUUAUGAGCGUGAAUUCUACGAAAACGAAUUACACAGUCCGAUUGAAAAACUGGCUCGUGAUUUGGAUACAUCGUUGCAUAAGGUGCAACUGAUGAAGGCGUCGUUUUAUGUGGACGAAAACGCUCCCUUAGAUCCGGAAAUAUCGUUGGAAAAAGGUAUCCCCGAUUUGGAUCUAUUCGCCACCGGUCGUAUCGACGCCUAUAGGUCUACUCUGGCCACGAAGAACUUUCCUUCGUUGUUGAAGACUCAAUUCACAUCGCAGUUCCCACCACCUGUGGAGAUACCGUUUACAGAUUUCGCCGACGAAGAAUACAAACCACCUCUGUAUUCGCCGGAAAUCAAACCAGUACCGGCCGUACCCCACGUCGUGCUGCGUCCGCAACGUGUCCAGGUGAAAUACCGCAACGGUGUGAUCCCUCUGGAGCAGAGUGUUUUUCGUAACGCUUCCAAGUGUUUAUGCGACGUCGGUGUAUACUUCGGUCAGCAUUUCCGAGUAGGCUGGGGUAAAGGAUUAACCUUGGCUACGCAGUCGAGUAUCUGUACCGCGAAUACGGUCAUCGAUGGCGAAGUUGACUACGAAUGUCGUAUCAUAUCCGGCCGCAAAGAUUCCGAUUACACGCCCAGCGUUAUUCAUAAGCUAGAAAUGUCUACGUAUUCGAGUAGCGAUAAUAUGAAAGAGAUCACCGAGAACCAUUUGGAUGUUUGUUUACGCGAAAGCGUAUUCAAUUUCGAAGACGGGUGUCCGAUUUUGACGCCGAAAUUGGGCACAGACGCUUUGCACGCGCAUUGCGACAUCGAGCAGAGAAUUUCACGGAUCGAUGAAGAUUACAAUAGACAAGUGUGGGAGCUUAUGGUCGCCCUGUGGGGUAAUAUACCGGAUAUCGAAAUGGAAUACGAUCCAAAAAGUCACAAGAAUAAAAUGCUACGUAAAUCAGCUGUCAGUGAUUGGCUGAAAAAUGUCGUAUCAUCGGUCGCCGAAAACGAACUGAACGAAUCCGAUCCGGUCGCUUCGGUUGUAUCGCUCUUGUCGGCUGGUAAAAUAUACGAGGCUGCUAAAACAGCCAUGAAUAACGAUGAUUACAACUUGGCCUUGCUUAUAUCCCAAAUCGGCAGCAGUGAGCAUACUCGUUCGUUAAUGGAGCAACAAUUGAAACAAUGGCACGAAUCCGAAGCUGAUCAGUUGAUCGAUGAUGGACGUCUUAAGAUCAUGGCGUUGGUUGCCGGGCACAUGCUGUUCGUGUCGAGUAAACAUAUCGUCAACACUUGCGAGAAUUUAGAUUGGAAACGAGCGUUCGCUCUACAUUUAUGGUAUAUCACAGGAUCUGCGGACUCGUUAGUCGAAGCCCUCAACCAAUACGAGCUUGCGUUCAAAUCCGAUGGAAAAUUUGCCAACGCUCCUGAUCCUCCUUACGCUAAAGAUACGCUAGAAUACGAAACAAGCGACGGUCGCAAAGCUUUUGAUUUAUGUUAUCAUCUGCUGAAAUUGUACUCGCGACGAUCUUAUGCUCUAGAAACACUCCUUAAUCCUAUUACGCAUACCGCUAACGUAUUGGAUUAUCGUUUAAGUUGGUUGAUUAUGAUAACGUUGAAAAAUCUCGGAUUCACUCACCUAUCGGAGGAGAGCGAAUUCAUCCUUAGUACCAGUUUCGCUGCGCAACUAGAAGCACAAAACUUAUGGCAAUGGGCUGUGUUUGUUUUAUUACAUAUUAAAGAUCUUAACUGUCGAAUUAAUCGUGUUACCGAUACAAUCGGAAGAAACGUUCGACUCCUCGAAGAUCGUUCCAUCGGGUUAACCGCCGAAGAACAAUUCGUCUCCGAGAAGCUAGAAGUACCUGUUGAAUGGGUUUACUACGCUAAAGCCAUCUUGGCCUCGUCUCAGAACAGAUACAGAGAAGCUGCCUGGUAUUACGUGAAGGCCGAGAGAUGGAACGAAGCUCACGAAAUCAUCAUGAAUAAUUUAGUCACAAAUGCCAUUAUUAAUGAAAGCUACGCCGUCGUACAAGACCUUCUGGACGAAAUCGUGGCCAGCGAACGUGCCAUCAGCGGAUGGAACCACAAAGGAGGCAUAAUCUACGAUUAUUUAACCAUAAUGAACGAAAUAAACGCCCUUAUGGCUGAACAAUCGAUAGAGACGGCCUUGGUGAUGGAAAAACUGCAGCCUACGAUGAGCUCCGUAUGCCACAAAAUAAAAUUUUUCCCCACCAACACGAUUAAAGAAAGAUUAUGUCAAGCGGAAAUUUCCAAAAGGAUGAUCCAGUUUAUUCGAACGAUAUUGAAUUUACAAUACGGUAAAGCCGGACCGUCGGUUAGGUUUUUCGUCAGCCUGGUGGACCAGCUGCCGUUACCGGAAGAUUACAGAAUGCAAGAAUUAAACGAAAUUAUAUCCUGGUGGAUGAGUAAAUGAAGAAGCAAAAGAAGAAGAGCCUCCGAUAACCCUGCUAAUAUCUGACGUCUUUGGUGGUGGUGCUUCGAAUCGUCUCCUCUCCCUCCAGAUCUCCGCCGUGCUUGCUGCUUCGAUUGAAAGAAAUUACGAAGAAUUUGGCUAACUUGUAUUUUUUAUUUAUUUUAAAAAAAAAUUGUUUUGUAAAUUGAACGAAAGCUCGCGCUGAUAAAGUCGUCGAUCCCGAUAUACCUAAUUACCUACCUAUCGCUGUUGUAUUCUAUUUUCGUGUGUUAUUAUCGCUAUUAUUAUUAAUAUUAUUUAUACGAGUGUAUCUGAGAAUUUUUUUUUAUUUAAUUGUUCGUUUAUUUUAUUUUUUAAAUUUCGGCUUUCCUCUCUUUUUUUUCCUUUGCGUGCGUGUGUUUUUAAUUUAGUAAAAAGUUACGUAAAACGUGCUGCUGCACGAAUCGUUCGUUAUUAUAUCGAUUUACGAAAAGAAAAUUUUCACUGUGUUAUGUUGAACGUAUAUAGAAUAAUUAUUAUAUUCCUUCUUUUUGGUAAUUAUUUUAUUUAUCAUUUUUUUUUAUUUCGAAUAAAUUAGCGUUGUAUUUUAA